AUGAGUAGGAACUCGAUCAAGACAGAACCAGACUCGAACGUGGCAGACAGGGUUCAGGGACUUGUCGGAAGAGACGAAGGCACCCUGCGAGUAAUGAUCGUAGGGGACUCAAUGACCCAGGGGAAGGAAGGGGACUACACGUGGAGGUAUCGGAUCUGGGAGUGGUUCCGGGCGCAAGACAUUGCCGUCACCUUUGUGGGGCCCUACACAGGGACCGUGCAGCCGGAUCCUGCCGAACCGCCCACUCCGCCGCCGCUCUACGGGGAAGAGACCGCCUCCGACCAGCCCAAGACCAGCGGCGGGUACGCGGCGGACGUGGCGGCCGACUUCGAUCGCCAUCAUUUCGCCGUCUGGGGCCGUGCGGCGGCUGUCGACAAGGGCUUGAUUCGUGAUGUCCUCGGUGCCAAUCCAGCUGACUUGAUGCUGUUGAUGCUGGGGUUCAAUGACAUGGGUUGGUUCUAUAGUGAUGCCCCUGGCACCCUGGACAGCAUCCAAACCCUGAUCAGCAAUGCCCGCACCGUCAAUCCGAAUCUAAAGUUCGCCGUCGCCAAUGUCCCACAGCGCAGUUUUAUUGGGGGCCGCGAGGAUCUGCCCAUCAGUACCAAUAUCUACAAUGCGCUACUGCGGGACGCGAUCCCGGAAUGGAGUACGACGGAUUCCCCCAUUCACCUGGUGGAGCUGCAAGAGAACUACGAGUGUGAGCCGAGUGCGUGCCCCGUGGGCUAUGACGGGCUUCAUCCAGAUGCCGCGGGCGAAUACCAGAUAGCUCGCGCUUUCAGUCUCACUUUGGUGAAUGAUUUCAAGAUUGGAAGCUCGCCAUUAUCUGUUCCGGAUAGCAUCCCCGCAAGACCUCUCCCCGUGCCGUCCAACUUCCAGGUGUUCAGCAGUGCUACGGGAGUCACGGCGACAUGGGACUCUGUAUACGGAGCAUAUAGCUACGAUGUCUCGUCGCGAAUUCAAGGCGGCAUCACCGACUUCUCGGCAGGAAGUGUUAGUGCAGCUCGUUGGGAUUCAACUUGGCCAGAAGACGGCUGGGUCUACGAAGUCAAAGUCCGUGCCAGUGCGGGUGACAACAUUAAGGGCGACUGGACCUCGGUCCUGUCCGCGACGGCACAUCCGCAGACAGCGGCCGCUCCUCGUAACGUGGUGGUCAAACCCACCAGCAGCGGGUUCGACAUCUCCUGGGAUCCUCCAACAGGAGCUUACACAGACUCGAUCAUCGAAUACAAUGUGCUCUACUGGGACAAAUCAGAGGACUGUUCUUACAUCACUGGGGGCGCUUUCACGGGCACCUCCGGGCACAUCGACAACCUCACGCCAGGCCAUUACUACUUUUUGGCUAUUGAGACUUGGAAUGCAGCAGGCGAAGGUUUCCCCGAAGUGGUCACGGGCGUAGUUCCUGGUGCUGGCACGCCUUCUACGCCCACUGAUCUUACGAUCGUGGCGAAUGACCCGACCACCAUCCAUAUGACCUGGAGCAAGUCGGCCGACGCGGCAGGAUACCGCUUGUGGUCGCGAAACGUCAACGACCCUGGCAGCGUGUUAACGGCACAGAAUGCGACGGUGGAGACCACCUGUAGUGAUCAGUAUUUCCUGUUCCCGGGCACUUGGAACUAUGAGUGGUGUGUUAGUGCUUUCAACGGGGAUUUGGAAUCCCCCACUGGAACAUGUGUCGUGGCACCUUCUCCCACUGCCGGUGGAGGUGCCGGUCAGUACUGCCCAUCCCCGCCCGCGUGGUGUCCUAACGGUGGAAGCGCAGGCGGCGGCGGGAGUGGAACUGGCAGCAGCACGACAAGUUCAUCCAGACCAGACGUGGCCAGUCGUCACAAAUGGUCAUUGUGA